UUAUUUAGUUCACGCGUAUAAAAGAAUUUGUAUCCAAGUGGCAUACAAUAUGAAUCAUAAAUAUUUGUACAAGAGACGUAAAUGGUGUGAAAUCAAUGCUGGUGUGUUUCAUGCAAUUAAAAAACCAAAACCACCUAGGCUAAAAGUUAAUAAAGAAUCACGUAAAGAAAUAUCCAAGGAUGUUGUUAAAUCUAUAAAUAGUAAACAGAAUAGUAAACAGAAUGAUCUUGAAUUUUCUAAUGUAAAAGAGAUAGAUCAAAUAAAUACCAAUAAGGAUAUGAUUAUUGAAAAACCAAUUCUGCAAGUUGAUUCCAAUAAACGACUUUUUAAAACAAAUAUUUCUAAUUCAAUAAUUCAACAGCCUAAUUUACCUAAUGCAAUAGUAAAUCCAAACGUUAAAUUGAAGGAAUUGAAUGGUCAGAUUGGACGUAACGAAUCAAAAAAUUGCUUACAUAAAAGUUCAUGUAAAUCAUCAAAAUCUAUGGAUUUAUUUUUUGACGAUGCUACCGAUUUGAAUGUAGAUAAACCAGAGUUUGAAGUUAUAAUAAAGAAAAGCAAAAUAGAUGAUAUUUUAAAGGUAUUGGAGGAUGAUUGGGCAGAUGACGAAUAUGAUACAAUGGAGACAUUAGUUACUAAUAACAUGAAAAAUAAUGUUUCUCCAUUAAAAUCUAUUAUUACACCGAGCAAUUUAGAAAUACCUUCGUCAAAUGAACUUAGCAAAAUGAUAUCAAUGAAUAUUAAAGAUACACCAUCUAUUACAAAUAAUAAAAAUUCUUCUACUAUACAAAAUCUUGAUGACAUGACAGAAAUUGAAAAAGAAAAUAAAGAAAAAUAUUAUCCUAUAUUUAAUAAAGGAUAUUCUAUGAAAAAUGCAGAAAGUGACGUUACAAAGCUUACACAUGGAACAAAAAAAUCAACAAAAUGGCAAUUAUCAGCAAAAGGUGGUGGCAAUGAAAAUCAAUAUCAAUUAGAUGCAGGUCAAAAGAAUUUUGGUGCGACGCAAUGUUCAGAAUGUGGUAUUGUUUAUCAAUUGGGUGAUCCUGAGGAUGAAAAUGCUCAUUUGAAUUAUCAUAAUAGCGUGAAAACUUUAAAAUUCCAAGGUUGGAAAAAUGAAAGGGUCAUUUUGGAUGAUCCUUUAACAUCAAGUAGAAUAAUUUUAAUUGAACCAAAUGAUUCUAAACAAUGUUGGAAAAAGGUAUCUGAAAUUUUAACUGUUGUAGAUAGAGAUUUAGGACUAGCUGAUUCAUCUCUUUCUAACUAUACUGAUAAAAAGGUAUAUUUAUACAUUAGAGAAAAGAAUAUAUUAGGCGUACUCGUAGCAGAAUACAUAGAAAUAGCACAUAGGAUGAUACCAGACUUAAUUGAUUUGAAUUGUUGUACUGCCGAAAGUACACCAGCUAAGUGUGGUAUAAAUGUUGUAUGGACAGUAAUGAGUCAUCGCAGACAAGGCAUAGCCACUAAACUUGUAGAUAUUCUCAGAUCCAAAUUUUUCUAUGGAUACAUAAUGUCCUUAGAAGAUAUUGCAUUCUCUGUUCCAACUCCAAGUGGAAAGAUAUUUGCCGAGAAAUAUACUAAGACGAAAAGUUUUAAAGUUUAUAGUUAAUUUUGUUUUUACUUUUAUCUCUUUCUGGACGAUUAUAUAAAACAUGAAAAUUUCCAAAUUGUAUCGCUGAUUAGAUUCGUUGUUUAUUUUCCAUCGAUCAAAUUGAUUAGUAUAUUAUAGUAAAUGAUACUUGAUUUUUCUAAAAAUGUGUAUCGGAACUUUUUCAAAUAAACUUAUCAGUAUU